AUCUCUCCUCUGCCCUCUGCUCUUGACUCCUUUGGCUGCUGUAUCUUCGCCCUCUUCCUCGUCUACUCUCACCUGGUAUACUAGACAACGACGCCAUGUCUCAGCAAUCUCAGAACCAGGAAGAGGAAGAAGUGCAAGUCUCUGGACCUCUGCUGGUCAACAAACUGCAAGAAGCUGGUAUCAAUGCUCAAGACAUCAAGAAGCUCUCAGAUAGCGGUCUCAACACGGUUGAGGCGGUGGCAUACACGCCCAAGAAGGCGUUGAUGCAGAUCAAGGGUAUCUCAGAGCAGAAGGCAGAAAAGAUCCUGGCAGAAGCCCAUAGGAUCGUCCCGCUUGGCUUUCAAAGCGCGACAGAUGUACAUGCCAGACGUUCUGAGCUUGUGCAUAUCACGACUGGCUCCAAGAACUUGGAUGCUCUCCUCGGAGGUGGUAUUGAGACUGGUGCUAUUACAGAGCUAUUCGGCGAGUUCAGAACCGGAAAGUCACAAAUAUGUCAUACUCUCGCCGUUACAUGUCAGCUUCCUGUCGAUAUGGGUGGAGGAGAGGGCAAGUGUCUAUAUAUUGACACUGAGGGAACCUUCCGACCUGUGCGAUUGCUCGCUGUAGCAGAACGGUUAGGUUUAAACGGGGAGGAGGUAUUGGACAAUGUUGCCUAUGCGCGGGCGUACAAUGCAGACCAUCAGAAUCAACUCUUGGUUUCUGCUAGCGCGUUGAUGUCUGAGUCGCGAUUUUGUCUCCUCAUAGUUGACUCUGCAACGAAUCUCUAUCGUACGGAUUUCAAUGGUCGAGGUGAACUGUCCGCUCGCCAAGCACAUCUCGGCAAAUUCCUACGUACACUUCAACGUCUCGCUGACGAGUUUGGUAUUGCCGUUGUCAUCACAAACCAAGUGAUGUCGAACCCGGACGCAUCUGCGGGUCCCUACGUUGCCAACGAGAAGAAACCAAUUGGAGGCAACAUUAUUGCCCACGCAUCCACCACUCGAUUGCAACUGAAGAAGGGACGUGGUAAUACACGUCAAGCAAAGAUCUAUGAUUCACCUUGUCUUCCGGAGUCGGAAACCAUGUUUGCCAUCUUGCAAAGCGGUAUUGGCGAUCCCGAGGAAGAAACUUGAUGAUUACUGUCUUCUCAUUUUUCGCUUCUUGCCCAUUCGUCAUCCACUUCUGGUCGCAUGUCUCAGUCGCUCUCGUUGAAGUCUCGUAUCAAUAGUCCAUGUAUGUAUGCCUAGUGUCUUUAUUCUCUCUGAUCCGGAUGUACUACUCUUACAUACGCACAAUGCGUACAAAUUGGUGUUGAACUACAUGUACACGCCGAGAACUAUCUCCAGUUGAGUGGAAGUAGCAAACUGACAGCUCUAUGUCCAUCUAUGAAAUUGUCCAUGAAUGCGGCGCAACCGC